AUGGCGCUCGCCUCGGGUGUUGUCGCAGCGUUGGCGAUUCUCGACGAAGAGGAAGAGGUGUUGGAGGUGCGGAAUGCUUUUGAAGAGUUGAGCGAGUGUGAAUUCCGGCGUCGUUUUCGUUUCUCGAAACGAACGCGAGCUGUCGGCAGUGAGGAGUUCAUCGGCCUGUCGCAGCCGUCCGUCAGCGACACGAUCCACGAGGUGGCACACGCCAUCGCUGUCGUUGGCGGACAAAAACGGUGGGUGGCGUUUCCCGAAACAUCACAAGCGAAGGAGCGAACAAAGGCGUCGUUCGCGCGGCUCGGGCGGAUUCCCGGUGUGCUGGGGCGCGUCGACGGCACGCUCAUCGCCAUCCAGAAGCCCCACGGCCUGAGCCCCGGCGACACGGCGAAUUACAUGUCACGGAAGGGCUUCUACGCCUUGAACACCAUGAUCACCUGUGAUGCCGACCUCUGGAUUCUGGAUAUCAAUCCAUGUUUCCCGGGGUCGUGCCAUGACUCGUGGGUGUGGCGGAGGAGCUCUCUUCGGCGGCACGUGGGAGCUGAACUGCGGCUUGGCGAAUGCUUGCUUGGAGACUCUGGCUAUCCUUUGGAACCGUGGCUCAUGACGCCAGUGCUCGGACGUCCAGCUAGUGGCACCCCUGAGAGCGAGUACAACAAGGCCCACACCACCAUGCACAAUGUUGUGGAGAGGUGCAUCGGGGUCCUAAAGAGUAGGUUCCGCUGCUUGCAGCGUUACCGGACUCUGCUCUACAACCUCGACAAAGCAGCCACCAUCAUUGCUUCUUGCGCAGCUCUUCACAACAUUGCGAUGGCGGCACGUGAGCCUGUUCCUGAAGGGGACGAUGACGACACCGACGACGAUGACGACUCUGAGGUGCCACCAGCAGCUGAUGAGCCACCGCCGCCACAAGAACAAGGUCCAGCACGACGGCUGUUGCAUCUCAAGGGCCAGCAGCAGCGCAGCCGCGUGGUCAACCUGUUCCGUGGACCGCGGACCCCACAUGCUGCGCACCUGCGUAGGGUACGCAGCCGCCUGCAACGACCUCGGCAGCGUUGCGUGGUGGCUGCCGUUGGAGCGCCGCAGUGAGGGUCCGGACGAGGGCACCGAUGCCCUGCAGCUCGCCCACGACGUCAUCAAGACUCCGGGCCUGACGUUCAGCGGCUGCUCGAUGACGCCUGGCCUCGUCAGCGAGCUGCUGCAGUGCCUCGCCCUGCCGCCUGGUGUUGUCAGCGAGCAGCUCCAGCGCCGCGGCCUGCCGAUCGCCAACAUCGCGCAGCUGUACCAGGAGCUGGAAACCAAGAAAUGUGUUGCCAUUAUCAUCCAUGCAUUUCUCGCUAUGGACUCUUCGCAGGAAGCUUCUGUUCGUGAAGAGUCUCAGUGUGCACAACAAUUUCCUCUUUGUUGAAAAUCCACUGGCCCAACGGCAUCCAUGAAUGGUGCCGGUUCACCGCACAACCAAUGCACUUCGU